AUGAGAGUGGCACAAGAUAGGGAGACGGUGACAUUCAAAGAUGUGGCUAUUGACUUCACCCAGGAGGAGUGGCAGCAGUUGGAUCCUGAUCAGAGAAACCUGUACUGGAAUGUGAUGCUAGAACACUAUAAUAACUUAAUCACACUGGGAUACCCAUUCAGCAAACCAUAUGUGAUUUUCAAGUUGGAGCAAGAGCAACCACCAUGGGUGGUAGAGUAA